UUGCAGCAGCCUGUUUUCGCCAAGUUGAACGCGCUCAUCUCGUAUCUCGGAAAGUCGGUUGUUUUCGAACAAAAGUAGUGUCUAAUCGGGAAGGGUAUCCCUCAUAGGAUGUAAUCUUCGGUUAACCGGAAGUAACGGAACGUCGUUGUUGGUACCGGAAAAGAAGUGGAUUCAUUUUCGAUGUGAUUGGGAGCUGUGUUUUUUUCUGGCAAAGCCAGUGUGAAAAAAGUGAAACGCGUUUUCAAAAAGAAAGCAGCAGCGGCAGCUAAUAAUACAAGCUAUACAGCAGAAUAUAGGAAAAAUAAAAAAAAAAACGGUUCCCCUCUCUUAAACCCCGCGCGCCCUGAAGCAAACCCUGCUACGUUAAGGUAAGGCCAGGGAGAGAUCGAUGUUGAUACGUUUCAGCGGUUCGGCAUCGAAAACUUGGGAACGUGUGACCAGCAUUUUCAGUGACUAUCUGUGGAAGUUUGUCCAUCGGCCAGCGGCUAUCGAGAUGCCACGAUCCAAGAGGCGCCACCAUUCGCGUUCUAGGUCCCGCUCAUCCGGUGGGUAUCGGGAAAAGCGCCCUAAACGCACCUACGGGGGUGCCGAUUCCGGUAAUGAAUCAGCGGGCCCAGCAACGAUACCAUCUUCGGCGGCCGCGGCUGCAGCUUCAAGUAAUACCAGUGGAAGGCCCAUCUCAGGAGCAGGUUCUAGGCGGUCAAACGUAAGAUCAGCCCAGCUUCGAGGUGUAUUCCACGUCAUCCUCCAGAUAUCAUUCCGGAAAAGCCGGACCUGACUGGAUAAGUCGCCAUUAUGGCGCGGAAGAACGCGAAGCCAAAUUGCCACGAGCCUGGCGAAAAAAGGACUUACCUCAAAAAUUUUUUUAAACAAGGUGAUAUAUUUAAA